AUGUCUGUUGCAAAUGUUCUUCUUCUAUCAGAUCACAUCUUUGAGGAGAUCUUGUACUCCAGUGAUGUCAACCUGAAAGAUGCCAAGAUGAUGCUUGAGGAUGUUGUGAUGCGACGUCUGCCGAAGUGUGUGGGAGAGACUCGACUACAAGAAACUGGAAGGAUCUUCGAGGUGAUUAAACUGGAUUAUAAUAAGGAGGAUACAAACCCUAUCAACAGUGUCUAUUUCUACAGAAAGAAGCAGCAGAAGAAAGGCUGCAAGAUUAGGAAAUAUGAGGUAUCCAGUCUGCUGCCGAAGAAGUUUAGAGAACAAGUUGGUCGAGUUUACUACACAAAAAACUCUGAUGAGGAGGAAAAGGAUGCUAAGGAAUGCUUUAUAUGGUGGUGCCUUGGCAAGUGUGUUAUUGAGCUAUACGACCAGAAUGAGUUUAAAGGCACCAAGUGUGUGGUCACAGGGAACUGUUCAUCAUUGGACCGCUGCAGUAUAACAGAGGUUCGCUCCUGUAAGGUGAUCCGAGGGGUCUGGAAGCUCUGGAAGGGUCGUGGCUACAAUGGAGAUGAUUACCUACUGAAGGAGGGACAGUAUCCCAAUCUUAAGGCAUUGAGUGAUAGCAUAUCCAAUGCUUCUGCUCCUGCUCCCGCUCCCGUUCCUGAUCCUGCUUGGUGUCUUGAAUGUCUGCCAUUUACGAUCCACCUCUAUGAAAAGGAGAAUUUUGAAGGCCCAAUCUUUGAAACAACAGUUGACCUUCAUUCAUUGGACGGCUGUGGUAUAAAGGAGGUCCGCUCCUGUAAGGUGCUCAGUGGUCUCUGGGAUCUCUAUGAGGGUCCUGGCUAUGCUGUACCCCGUUACCAACUGAAGGUGGGGGAGUAUCCCAAUCCUGGGUCAUGGGGCAAUGGCAACACUGCUCCUGCUCUGUCUGUGAAACGUCUGACAUCUUAUAAGAUCCGGCUUUUUGAAAAGGAAGAUUUUGAAGAGCCAAUGCAUGAGACAACAGUUGACCGUCGUUCAUUGGACGGCUGUGGUAUAAAGGAGGUCCGCUCCUGUAAGGUGCUCAGUGGUCUCUGGGAUCUCUCUGAGGGUCGUGACUAUGCUGAACCCAGUUACCAACUGAUGGAGGGGGAAGAGUAUCCCAAUCCUGGGUCGUGGUGUGCCAGUGACCCCACUGCUCCUGCUCGGUCUGUUAAACGUGUGACAGAGUAAAUUCUAUGACUAAUUUCCCUCAUUCAUCUUUAAAGUAGGA